AUGAAGCUGAUUUCUUUAUGUCUAAUAGGUCUUGUGAUGUCUAAUAACAUCAUGCUUUAAAAAGCAAAUCAUCCAGCCUUUUAAGAAGUGUUUGGACAAUUUGCAAAAUCAAGUGAUUUCGGAAAUAAAUUAUUUGGAGAGCUUUCAGCAUUCAUUUAAAAAGGAGCAACGCUUCAGGUUUUGAAUGAUCAUGUGGAAGAAUUAAGAAAACAUUUAGCUGACGAUUAGGCAGAAGAUGAAAAAUACUUCAAUGAAUAACAAUAAUCUCUUGAAUCUGAAUUAUAAGGUUUAGUCAAUGAAGUACAAGAAUUAAAAGAAGCAGUAGAUACAGCAUCUAAAAAGAUAUCAGUUUUGAAUCAAUAAUAAUAAAUUAUUGAUAAUCUCUUCUCUUAAGAUUAAACAUCAUAUUAAAAAAGACUUGCCAAUUAAAAUGUUAUACUUGAAACAAUAUCUCUAUUGAUUGAGAGGGUACAUGCACUUUCAACCGAAGGUCAUAGUCUAAUUGAAAAGGAUAAUCUUCUUGAAAAAAUUAAAUAAUUGGGCAGAGGAAAACAUUUAGAAGUAUUGGCUCAAGUAUAUUGCUAAUCAAAUGUAGAUAACUGCUCAUUUAGAUACUGAAUAAGGGGAAAAGGUUUUGAAUCUUUUAGACAGUCUUAAUAAGGCAGUGCUUGCUAGUUUAGAAGCUGAUGAAGCCAAAGAACAAGAAAAUAUUAGAUUGUACAAUCAAUUGACUGGAGAGAUCACUGCGUAUUUAUUUUAAUGAUGUAGUUCCCUUUCAGAAGCUUAGAGACACUACUAGCAAUUGGAUAAUCAUUUUGAAUAAAAAGAUUAUGAACUAAGUGUAGGAAAGGAAGGAGUGAAAGAAGUUGGGCAAAAGUUGUAGGAUAGAAAUGAUUCUAGGUAAUGCAUAUCAUAACGUAAUAGACAAUUCAUAUUGGAUAGAGUUAGGGAAGCAUAAUAAUUAUUAAAUGAUAAUUUAGAUAGAAUUGCCAGAUGGUCGUAAGAAUGA